CUCUCUCUCCCCUUAUUUUCCUAUUCCAAUUGUACUUUCUUUCUCCUUCUUCCUCUUCCUUCUUCCUCUCUCUCCCUGCAACUAAAACAAACCACUGUGCCAUCUUCACCCCUUUGAAAGAACUCUCAUUGCUCUCAAAGCCUUCAACAUUUUCAGCUGAUGGCAUUGGAAACAGCAACUCCCCCACCUACUCCCAGUGCCCAAGUUGUUGGAAAUGCUUUUGUAGAGCAGUAUUACAACAUUCUUUACAACUCUCCAGAAUUGGCCUAUAGAUUCUAUCAUGAUUCAAGUGUGAUUAGCCGGCCAGAUUCCAAUGGUGUGAUGCAAUCAGUGACAACCAUGCAAGGUAUUAAUGAGAAGAUUCUUUCCUUGGAUUACACAAACCAUAAGGCUGAGAUUAAUACUGCUGAUGCUCAGAAGUCUUAUAAGGAAGGAGUAACUCUACUAGUAACCGGAUGUCUAACAGGAACAGAUAACUUGAAAAGAAAAUUUGCACAAUCUUUUUUCCUUGCUCCCCAAGACAAUGGGUACUUUGUUCUGAAUGAUGUAUUUAGAUAUGUAGAAGAUGGUGAACCCUUGGAGAAACAUAAUGUUAAUGGUGUUCAUGAUGCUCCUAGAGUGCCUUCAACACCAGAACCAGAGCCUAAUCGAGUGGUGGAUCCUUCUGCACCAGAUCCGGGAACUGCUCUUGUGGAAGAGAACCAAAAUGUUGCUGAGCAAGUUUAUGAGCCAUCAGACCAGGAAAGACAGGUGGUCAAUGAAAAAGAGGCUGUUUUAGAUUCCCAGUCUCAUUCAAAUGGUGAUGAUAUUCCCAUAAUUGUUGAAUCAGCUUCUUCUUCAGCCCAAGAGGACACUCCAAAGAAAUCUUAUGCAUCAAUUGUGAAAGUACCAAAAGGGGUUUCAGUGCCAACUAGAGUCUAUGUGCCUACUAAUACUACAAGAGUGACACCCAAGAAAACUGAGAACCAGCCUCUUGUGUCCAUAGCACCUGCACCACCUGAAGCAUCUGCACUUUCCAGCAUUGAUGCCCAAGAGAGUAACAAUAUUCCUGAGGAAGUUGAGGGCCAUUCCAUUUACAUUAGAAACUUGCCCUUCAAUGUGACAUCUUCACAGCUGGAGCAGGAGUUUAUGAGGUUUGGACCAAUCAAGCAAGGGGGUGUCCAAGUUCGAAACAAUAGGCAACAGGGAUACUGUUUCGGUUUCGUUGAAUUUCUGUCUUUGAGCUCCAUGAAUGAUGCAAUUCAGGCUUCACCAAUAAUAAUUGGAGAGCGUCAAGCUGUUGUGGAGGUAAAGAGAACUUCGACUAGAGUUGGUAGUGGAAGAGGUAGCUUCCAUUACAGAAGGGGAGGGUUUCGAAGUGACAGCUUCAGGGAUCGCGGAAACUAUGGUGGUAGCCGAAGCUUUGGCAGAAAUGAGUAUGGAAACCGAGGUGAAUUUUCUGGUCAACCUAGGGGUUCAGCUGGACGAGAAGGGAGAGGGAGAAGUGUCCGUUCAAGUGGACCGAAACAGACUUAUGCUUCUACUUGAAACCCAAUAGAGUAAAACUUCGUUUCUUGGCGGAAAAGUUUUUUUUUUCAUAGGGUUAGUGCUCAACAUUUUGGAGGAAUUGGAGUUGGUGAGUUUAUCUUAGUAAUUAAUUUAACUAGGAAUCGAAUGUUGGAAUCAAUGAAUGAAAGGCAGUGAUGUAUCUUAGAUAUUCUGUUAGAGAAUUUUGUGAAGAGCCUCUUAUUACCAUGCCAAACAAUUUCUGAUUUUCUGUUGAUGGAAAUCACUUGAGUUUGUGGUGACCCUAACUUCAAAAUAGAUCAAGACCCUUUUUUUUCUCUGGUUUUUUUUUUACUGUCUUGUAAUUGUU